AAAAAAAAACUCACGAAAUUAUCGCUAUACUUUUCGAUCUUGAAUGUUAUCAAACCCUAAAAACCCUAUUUUUUUUCCUCUUUUCGCCAACCCCCGUACAAUACAAUACAAAGGGGGCAAUAUUUCAGGAAAUUGUAUUCGAUUGGCAGCUCCACUUGAGGGGGAUCCAGAGCAUCAUUGUGGAAAAGGAGGAAUUUCUGAUGCCGAUCUGAUCUGAAUAAUGAUGAUAAUCUUUGCACAAGAAGUUCUAUAAUCCCUCCUUUUCCACAUCUUAAAUCAAAGCUUUUUUUUAAAGUACAUUCAACCACCCAAAUGGAUCCAGAGGAGCUUAACAAUCGUUCAUCGUCAGUUUCAAACCUCACACGGGAAUCAACAUUCCGUAGUUUGUCACCCACACAAUCACCUCCAAUCCAAUUAAUGGAAAGACCCGAAGAUUUUGAAUUCCAGGACGCAUCAUCAUCAUCGGAAUCGGAAUGGAGUUCUGUUUCCAACGAAUCCCUUUUCAGCAUUCACAUAACCAAUAGUUUAACACAUGACAAUGACAUAUUCCAAUCCGGGGAAUCAGUGAAAUCCGAUGAUUUAACAACAUUUUCUGGUCCAAUAAAUGUGGAAAGUGAUUUUGAAAGUUUGAAAAUUGAAACCACAUCUAAAUUAGAUGAGCCUCAAAAAGUUGUUAGGUGGAAAACUCAAGUUGAACGUCCUGCAGAAGAAGGAGCUCCUCCUGAAGGUCAUCAAUGGCAGCCAUCUCCUUUUAACAAUCACAUAUCCAAUGAGCCCACCAAACACACCACCACCAAACCUAAAAAAAAGUUAUGGUGGUCUUGUAAAUGUAACAUCUCAAAGUGGUCGUGUUGGAAUGGAUGCUGGAAAAACAUGUCGUGUUCCAUUUGUAAACCAAAAAAAGUUUCUUCGUCUCAUUCUACGGAAGGAAGUGGGCCCAAGAAGCCAUCAGCUUCUAAAAAGGGGCCUCGGCUUCGUUCAUGGUCAUGUUCUUGCCAUUGCUGCGACGAAGUAAAUUUAGCAUGAUGCUUUGAUUUCAAUCUUUUUCACAUUUUUUGUAGUGUUUUUUCACACAGUAGAAGCCUAAUUGUGCUAUGGCUGAUUGAUAAUGAUAAUGAUGAUGAUAAUGUGAGUAUUGGGUCUAAAGUUUAAACCAAAAUCGAGACAAAUUACGAGAGAUUAGCAUCUUAAAUACAGAGUUUGAUAAAAGACUAGAAAAACAAAGAACAGGUAAGAAUAAUUAGGGUUUAUGAUAAAACACAGGAUUACAAGUAAGAAGAAUUAGGGUUUACAACUAUGUGUUUCAAUGGAUGUACGACAUCUGUCCCACCGGCAUGCUUCACAAACUCCGCCGGCGACAGAAAACUGCCGUGACAAA